AGCAGAAGAAGAAGAAGUCCUUUCAAGGAAAAGAGGAGACAAAUUAAGAGCACUUGCAAAUUGUUGUCGGGAAAUUGAUAUAUUCGAUUAGCAAUCUACAAAGUUGAGCGAGGACGGAGACGACAAAGCCCCGGCAAGCAGCAGGAGAUACUGGAGGCAUUUUCAAUUUAUCAGUGCACGGGACACGCCCACGGGCACACCCAUACGCCCAGACGCUCAUCGACAGCUGCGCUGGCAUUGUGUGAAAACAAGUAGAAGAAAAUUUACAUCCUGUGCUCCACGCAUUAGCCGCUUUAAGCCGAGUCAUGCCUGAGCAGGAUAAUUACGAUGAUGAGCUGGUUUCUAGCAACCCGAAUCAACGCAACUGGCGCGGCAUUCUCAUCGCUCUGCUGGUGAUUAUCAUAGUGUUGGCCCUGAUUGUAACUUCGGUGGUGCUGCUCACGCCCCCCGAUGAGGGACCGCGCGUUAAGGGGCAACGCAUCAAGCUGCAGGACAUUGUCGACGGACUCUACGUUCCACAGCGCGCGAAUGGCAGUUGGAUCGAUGCUGAGGAGUUUUUGUAUCAGGAUCAGCUGGGUCGCAUCUGCCUGCUGAAUGCAGCCAAUCGCACGGAACGCGUUCUCAUGUCUAAUGUGACAUUUAAAACCCUGGCGCCCUUCACAUUCAGCAUAUCAGCAGAUAAACGUUACCUGCUUCUGGCCCAAAACGUGGCCAAGCUGUUUCGGCACUCGUAUUUGGCACAGUACACGCUCUUCGACAUACACACGAGCGAGGCCAUUAAAUUGCGCUACGAUUCCCAGCAGGAAGAAUGGCCUUAUAUACACUAUGCGCGAUUCGCCAACUCUGGAAACGCUCUGAUUUGGGUGCACAACUAUGAUAUUUACUAUCGCAAAGAAGUUCGUGACUCACACGCCUAUCGCAUCACUCACGAUGCGGUGCCGGGUGUUGUCUACAAUGGCAUACCAGACUGGCUAUACGAAGAGGAAAUUCUGCAUACAAAUAAUGCCAUUUGGUUGCCGGAUGAGGGGCACCUGCUGCUCUACGCCAGCUUCAACGAUACACACGUGCAGGAGCAGCACUUCGCAUGGUAUGGCACCACCUCUGCAGGCGCCGCAGGUGGUGCUGCGACAGGCGGCACGAGUCAUGGCACUGGCAAUGCAAAUGGCGGGGGCGGUGGCUCAGCUGGUGGCACUAAUCCGCAUGCCAACUUGUAUCCGGAAAUUAGAUCCUUACGCUACCCAAAGCCGGGCACACAGAAUCCCACAGUUACCUUGCGCGUGGCCGACCUAUCGGAUCCACAGAAGAUACACAUCACGGAUCUAACACCCCCUAAAAUACUACAGAAUGAGGAUCAUUACUUUAGCAGCGCCAGCUGGGUGAAUGCCAAGGAGAUCGCCGUGGUGUGGCUGAAUCGACCGCAAAACAUAUCCGUGGUCAGCGUUUGUAGGAGUCCAUCGUUUGUGUGCACCGAGACGCAUCGUGUGAGCGGCGAUGGACGCGGCUGGGUGGACACCGUCUCGGUGCCAUUGUUUGCGGCAAAUGCGAGCCUCUACGUGGCCAUAUCACCACUGCGCGACGGCUCGUUUGGCUAUUUCCGGCACAUCGUGCACGUGGACAUUGACAAUAAUCGGGUGCUGCCCCUCACCCACGGCCCCUACGAGGUGAAUCGACUUCUGCACUGGGAUCAACUCGAUAAUUGGAUAUAUUUUUUAGGCACACCCGAGCGUUUGCCCUCGCAGCAGCAUUUGUAUCGAGUCUCCGCCCUGCCCGCUCGCCAGGGCCAGGCUCUGCAGGCACCGGACUGUCUGACGUGUCCGGCGCUAAAGCACAACGGCGAUGGCUAUGACGAGGGUCACACCAAAUCGCCGCCAAAGCUAGUAACCGCAUGGGACGACGACUGGGAGGACUCUGAAGAGGCGGAGUCGCUGCCACCGCCGCCAGCAAUGCCCUUGGAGCAGCAACAGCGUCAGUCGCAUGCACAUGGCGGAGCCCUGCCCCCACCGCCCAGCGAUUGCCUGUACCAUGAGGCACAGUUUCCGCUGGCGAUUCGGGCUCGCUUUGUGCUGUUGGAAUGCCUGGGCCCAGUCGUGCCCAGCUCUGUAAUAUAUGCCUUGAAACUGACUGGUGGAGCCAAGGCUAAGAAGCAGGGUGAAAAGCAGCUGCCAACUGAUGCUCCUGUCGAGGAAAAUAUUGAGCCUAAAUCGCAAUUCCUCGAGCUGCUAGCCACCGUUCAGAAUAACACGAGGCUAAAAGAGAAAAUGGCAAAGGUCGCGUUGCCGCAGGUGAAAACCUUUCCCGUCAUGAUCUCAGGCGGCUAUCAUGCCCAGGUGCGCCUCCAUUUGCCGCCCGUGCUGCGCGAGGACGAGAUCACACGCUAUCCCACCAUACUGCACGUUUACUCGGGCCCGGGCACCCAGCUGGUGACCGAUCGCUGGCACGUGGACUGGAACACGUAUCUGGCGGGCACCAAGGAUUACAUUGUCAUCGAGAUCGAUGGACGCGGCUCGUCGGGCCAGGGCUAUCAGCUGCUCCAUGAGGUCUACAAGCGCCUGGGCAGCGUUGAGGUCUCCGAUCAACUGGAAGUCAGCGAAUAUCUGCGCGACAAUCUGCAUUUCAUCGAUGCUCGGCGCAUGGGUGUCUGGGGCUGGAGCUACGGCGGCUACACGGCUGCUCUUGCUCUAGCCGGACAGCAGUCGAUCUUUCAAUGCGGCAUCAGCGUUUCGCCAGUCACCAAUUGGAAGCUCUAUGACUCCACCUACGCGGAGCGCUAUCUCAGCUUUCCAAAUGUGACCGACAACUACAAAGGCUACGAGGAGAGCGAUCUAUCCAAAUACGUGGACAAUCUGCGCGAGCGACAGUUCCUGCUCGUGCACGGCACGGCGGAUGACAAUGUACAUGUCCAGCAGUCGAUGGUGCUGGCCCGUGCUCUAACCAGCAAAGGAGUGCUCUACAAACAACAAAUCUACCCGGACGAGGGGCACAGUUUGUCGGGUGUGAAGCGUCAUCUGUAUCGUUCGAUGACCGCCUUCUUUGAGGACUGCUUCAAGAAGCUGCUCGACCAACAACAGCAAAAUCAAACAGACUCCAUGGAUUUCCUGGACUUUCAUAGUUUCUAUGGCGGUUAAACAAGUAACCCUUUGCCUAGGUGCCACCCGAGACGAAGGCAGGACUGGGCGGAGGUGGCGCCGAGAUGCAACAGCAAUAAAAAGCAACAACAACACGAGCGGCAGCAAUAAAAAUUUUUGAUAACAGCAGCGCGAGCCAUUAAAUGAAAGCGAAACGUGCGAGAAAAACGUUUCCGUAAAUUACAUAAAAUGUAAUUUAAAAUAAAAGAAACCUCACACAAACACACAUACACAACACGCAGACAAGCACUUUGUUUACAAGUUUUUGCGCGAUACGCCCCUGCGCAGCGUUGCCACAUCUUGGAAACUCUAAAUUGGCAUCUGCUGAUCCUUCGAUGCAUCAAUGCAACUCUGUUUCGACAAACCAAAUGGCAAACAAUAAGUUUGUUGCGCAAGCACAGCCAUCUUCAAGCAACUACAGCAUUAUUCAAAGUAAUAAUCAGCAAUAAAAGUUAAUAUACCUAAUUCACAAGUGAAAGUGCAUGAGAAAUAGCCGAAAGAAAA